AUGAUCUUAGGCAAAGCAGCAAGAAAUUUUGGAAAACAUGUUGGUUUUUUCUCUGGUAAAAAUCAACCAUUAUUCAUAAAUUCAUCAAGAAGAUUUUAUUCAAAUGAAGCACCAAAAGAAGAAAAAAAAGUAAAUGAAGAAAAAAAAGUAAAUGAAGAAAAAAAGGCAGAAGAAAAAGAAAAAAAAGAAAAAACUGUUGAAGAUUUAGAGAAUGAAGAAGCUGAAGAAGCCAAAGAAGCUGAAAAGAAAAAGAAAAAGAGAUUUUUACCAGUUUUCCAUACAAUUGGUGCUGGUAUUGGUUUAACUGUUAUUGUUACUUCAGUUUUAGGUUAUUUAGCUUAUGAAUAUAAGAAGGAUAUUACUGAAGAAGAAAGAUAUAGAUUAAGUACUUUAGAACAACAUGUCUUAAAGGCCACAACUGGUUUAAGAGAUGGAUUUGAAAAUAUCUUUGCAAAUUUAAGUGAUAGAUCUGAAAUUUUCGAAUCUCUCUUUGGUCAAGCUAAAGUUCACAAAAUUUUACCACCACAACUUCCAGGAAGUAAAAAAUAUACAUUAGUUAUCGAAAUCGAUGCCCUCUGUGAACUUUCAAAAGCAUCUAAAUAUCCAGCUGUUUAUAAAAGAGCAGGUCUUGACUUUUUCUUAGAGAAUCUUAAAAAAGAUUUUGAUAUCUAUCUUUUCUUUAACGCAAAUAUUCCACAAAAUAAAAAUGAACAAAUUUACUUCAAAAUAGAUCCAAAUCAAAAUUACUUCGUUGGUCAACUCUAUGCUGAACAUGGCUUAAAAGAAAGAAAUCAAUUCUCUAAAAAGAUUGAAAUGUUAGAUAGAGAUCCAUCAAAAGUUAUCUUAAUUGAUGCCACCGCUCCAUACAAACAUCCAAAUGUAAUUAACGUUGGUAAAUUCCAUUCAAACUCAAAAGACACCAUUUUAAUUGAACUCUUACCAGUACUUUUAAAUUUACCAAAGAAUAAAGUUGCUGAUGUUAGACCAGAAAUCCAACACCUUCAAGAUCUCGAUAAGGCCCCAUUAUCUAGUUUACUUGGCCAAUAUAUGAAUGAAAAAAAUAUUAAUCCAAUUUUAAAGAAACUCAAACCAGAAAAUAAUUAA